CUCUCCCUUUCUACAAAAUCCCCCAAAUCCCAUUUUCCCAAACUCAACAUUUACUUUCUCUCCCAUUUUCUCGCUUCCCAAACACAAUCCCAAAAUCCUGUAAUUCUACAUUCAAAACAAAAAAACAAUCAUGCGAUUAAGCUGCAAUGGCUGUCGAAUCCUCCGACGAGGCUGCGCCAAGAGCUGCUCCAUCAGACCCUGCCUCGACUGGAUCAAAUCCUCCGAAUCCCAAUCCAACGCCACUCUCUUCCUCGCCAAAUUCUACGGCCGCGCCGGACUCAUCAACCUCCUCAAUGCCGGCCCCCUCCACCGUCGACCUGAGAUUUUCAAGUCGUUGCUUUACGAAGCUUGCGGUCGGAUUGUGAAUCCCGUCGGCGGCUCGACCGGGUUGGUUCAGUCCGGAAGCUGGUACCUCUGCGAAGCCGCCGUUGAAGCCGUACUCAGAGGCGAGCCGAUUACGCCGGUUUCUGCUGAGUUGGCGCCGGGAAGCUCUAGCGUGAGCGGCGAUAUCCGCCACGCGGCUAAGAGAGAUGGCUCUGUUAUUCGCAAGGUUCAGUCUCGGAGGCGGCUCAAGCGGAAGGUGGCCAAGGUUGAGGUACAGUCGGAGACCGAGUUUGGGACUGAGUCGGCUCAGUUGGUUCUGUCUGGACCGCCAGUGAGUCACGAUUCGGAGGGAACUCGGCAGCUGCUGAGUCCUGGAGCCGAUAGCGGAGAGGAGGACAGCGGAUCGGUGGCUUUGGCUGUUAAGCCGAAGCUCGGUGGUGUAGAAUUGGAGCUGACUUUGGGCUGGGCGAUGUGGACUUUUGACAAGAGCGAACGUUCUGAAGAAGAAGAUGCCAAUUGAUUUUUUUUUUUUUUUUACAAAUUUUGGAUAGUAGCAAUUUUUUUUUCUUAUAUAAUACAUAUUAAGUAUAUUAAAAUGUACUUUUUUUUGUUACAAAACUGUAAAAAUAGAAAUUAUAGUAGGAUUUACUUUAUAUUUGGUGUGAAAAAAAAAAUGUUGGAGAAUGGAAAUAAAAAUAUGAAAAAUCUCAUACUACUACAUGAUUUUUCUUUUUAAUUAUUA